CUUUAAACCAACACCAGGCUGCCCCAACAGCUGCCGCUGAUAUCCAUCAACGUUCUUCAUCUGUUGAUAGCAUUGAUAAUCCGAAAACUACCUCCUCUACAGAGGGCCAGCCUGUUAAUAGAAGCAACGUCAACAGCUCUUCACUUAAAUCGGUCUCCCAGUUAAACAAAACCAACAAGAACCAAAACAUCUCUAAUAGCAAAUCGUCGGCGACCUCCUUCAUUAAGCGGCUUUCAACCUCGCUCCAGAACCUAAGCAAUAGUGAGAUCAACAAAGCCCGGCUACCAGGUGAAGACAUAUCCGCAUCCGAAACUGAACAGUUGCAGUCUUCCUCGCUGGAACAAGGGCUUGAUCGUCUUCCAUUCGCCUUGACGGCUGAGGAGCGCAAGGUGCUUCUUGCGAAUGAAAUCCCUGCCUCUGAGAUUGAAAACCUAUCAAUCGGAGUUGAUGCUGGAGGCAUGGGUAUUAUACAUGUUGCAGAGUGGAAAGGAAUCAAAGUUGCUAUCAAGGAAGCCUCUGACCACGUUAUCUCCAAAGAGGUCGAAAUUUACAAUCGCAUGAAGGGGUUUGAAGGCGUGGUCCAGUUCUACGGAGUUACCUAUCCCCCAGGACUUGAUAAACUUUGCAUCGUGACAAAGUAUGCUGAACAAGGCUCUCUUUCAUGGCACCUCAGGGUUGGCUUCCAUAAGCUCACUUGGGCUGAUAAACUGACGUUGGCAACUCAAAUCUCAGCUUCCAUUGCACGCCUACACAAGGAAGGCGUCUUUCAUAGAGACUUGCAUGGCGGUAACAUUCUCAUCGACGAAGCUGGGAAUGCCAUGUUAACGGAUUUUGGGGCAAGUACGAUGGAAGAGCGUGUGGUUCGGAGCGUGGAUGAGUACGCAAUAUCCACAACGACAAAUUCUGAGGGACAAUACAAGUUUGUGAGUCAGAAAAUGCCAGCUCUAGACAGCCCUGAUAAAGACGAGGCCACUACAACAGGAGUCCCUGAUGGACACGGCCCUGCAGAAGAUAAAAGUGACCCAUUGAUUGGAGUCAUGGCCUAUAUUGCGCCUGAGAGGUUCCGUAACCCUCGUUACUUUGAUGCACGCUGUGACAUUUACUCUCUAGGUGUUUUACUUUGGGAACUCACCAGCGGUCAUUCUGCAUUCUCAAAAACACCACAAGAUGUGCAAUUUGCUUUAUCUAUCCUGAAUGGGAAGCGUGAGCAGGCUAUACCGGGCACGCCAGAGAGUUACCGAGCAUUGUAUGAGUGUUGCUGGGACACCAACCCCGAGAUGAGACCUUCGCUGGACGAGAUCUUGUCGACCUUAGAGGAGGUUCGCCAGGAACUCUCACCGGAGGAGCUUGCAGCAACAUCCGAGCGAAGUACAGUCCCCAAUGGCGAUGGAGAAUCUGACUUUGAGGAAUCAUUGAGUGUACCACGCCCCACGUCAGACUAUCAGGAAUAUCUUAUUCCUGAAUCCGAAGAACAAUCUUGAAGCACCAUGAUAUAUUAGGCUAUCAAAUAGGAUUCUGUUCCAAAU